CUGCUUGUCAUCACAUCAAGAUGGCGCAGACCCUGAUAGAGCAUGUUGUCGCGGACGCUGGAGCCUUUUUAAAGAAGGCACCUUUGCAGGACAUCGGCAGGAACAUCUACACGCUGAGAGAUGUGGUGGAUGAAAUCAGAGACAAACCCACCAGGAGGAGCCUGGCCUGCCUGCCGUACCAGCUUCAUUUCAAGGAUCCACAUCCAGAACACAUCAGAUAUGUCUCUGAGUUUUCCAAGAAGACCGGAGACUAUCCAAGUCUGUCGUCCACCGACAUCAAAGUUCUGGCUCUGACCUACCAGCUACACCUGGAGCACGUGGGCUCACAGCACCUGAAGAAGGAGCCGGAGAGAAAAGUGAACAUCCAGAGUACACAACGCCACCCAGAGGCACCGGUUAACAUCGCAGGGUUCCACUUUCCCUCUAUGAGACCUGCAGACAGCAGACAGAAAACAGCAGAGAGACAGACGUCCAACCAGUCCAGCACCGAACAGUUCAACAGUUUCCAGUUCUGGAGGGAUCCGCUUCUGACCAUCAGUGAUGACCUGCUGGGCCUCCUGGGUCCAGUGGAGGCUUCAGGUCCAAACCAAGAGCAGGGGGAACCGCAGAUGUCCUCCGAGACCACCGACACAGAACACUUCAACAGCUUCCAGUUCUGGAGAGAGCCCGUACCGAGCAUCGACGAGGACCUGCUGGCUCUACUGGAUGAGGGCGGAGCCUCACCACAGACAGAGACAACAGUUUCAGGUGACGAGGACAAAGAGAACGAGCCCGAAGAGGAAGAUGAUGAAGAUGAUGGAGGAGGUUGGAUCACACCCAGUAACAUCAAACAGGUGAAGAUGGACUCUGCUGAUUGGACGGUUCCAGCUGAUGUCAUAGUUGGAUGUUUGACCACCGACUUUGCCAUGCAGAAUGUUCUGAUCCAGAUGGGCCUCCAUGUCCUGUCUGUGAAUGGGAUGGUGAUCAAACAGACGAGGAACUACAUCCUGAGAUGUCACGCCUGUUUUAAGACAACGAGCAACAUGAACAAAGUCUUCUGUCCUCACUGUGGAAACCAGACCCUGAAGAAGGUGGCAGUGAGUGUCAGCAACGAUGGAAACAUCCAGAUGCAUUUCUCCAGAAACCCCAAAGUCCUGAACCCCCGAGGGCUCCGGCACUCUCUGCCGCUCCCGCAUGGCGGCAAACAUGCCAACAACCCCCACCUGGUGGAGGACCAGCGCUUCCCCCAGCAGCGGCUCUCCAGAAAGGCCCGCCAGAAGACGGACGUCUUGGACCCGGACUACGUGGCCGGGUCCUCACCCUUCUGCCAGAACGACGUCUACAGCCGAGCCGCCAACCUGCACAUCCGAGACGAGCAGUGUGGGGGGGGCAGGAGGCGGACCAACCCUAACGCCACCCGCAGGAAGUUCAAGAAGUGAUGACGUCAUUAACUAGAGGCGGAGUCUGAUGGAAACGAGGAACAACCUGUAUAGUUGUUGUUCUGGGUUUGUGUUCUGCUUGGUUUUGUCCCAGGAUGAACAGAACCACAGAUGUGUGAUGACUCAUGCUUAUUAAACCCGUUUUGUCUCAGAAACAC